AUGUCUGUAGAUGAGACGUUGAACGGUAGUCAGCCAGUUGAUAUUAAUCAAAUUGUUGAGAAUGGGGAUAAAAAGAAAAGCAAGAGAAAGAAGAAGAGUAAAUCUCGGGAGAAUGAUUCAGCUAUAGUAGUUAACGAACCCACAAGUGUAGUUAAAACCACCGUUCUACAGAAUAAAAAGAUCAAGUUUGAUAAACUGGAGGAAAUAGAAGUUGCCCCACAGCCAGAAAUAGCAUCCGAUAAAGACUCUGCAAAUGGCAAUAAUCCAAAUUUCAUACAGAGUAGUACUAUUGAGACUGUCGAGGAAAGGAUUAUCGAAAGAGAGAGACCCAUUCUGCGAUCUUCGCCUCAAGUCUUACAAAAGAAAGGGAAAGAACUUCCUAAGAAUCCCAAAGUGAUAGAGUUUUACAGUGACAAUGAAGAUGAAGAUGACUUCGACUUCAAAGGAUUAGCAUUUGAUAAGAGCAGUUUCUCUAAGGAGAAUAUUCGCAAAAUCAAGCAAAAAGCUGAGGAAUUAUUGGAAAUCAGAAAAACCUUACCUGUAUUCAAAGCUAAGGAUGAGCUAAUCCCUACUCUUUUGAAAAAUAAGGUAAAUAUUUUGAUUGGUGAAACAGGUUCUGGUAAAUCUACUCAGAUUCCUCAGUUUUUAAUGCCAUUGAACUCAAAGGGUAUAGCUGUAACGCAGCCUCGUAGGGUUGCUGCUAUCAAUUUGGCUACUCGUGUUUCUCAGGAACACGGUUGUGUGCUGGGGACCCACGUCGGUUUUUCCGUAAGGUUCAACAAUGCCACGAGAAAUGAUACAAAGCUAAAAUACUUGACGGAUGGUAUGUUACUGAGAGAACUGAUGAUAGAUCCUCUUUUGUCUCGCUAUUCUACGAUUAUUAUAGAUGAAGCCCAUGAACGUACCAUCCUGACGGACUUGCUUAUGGGAUUUCUGAAAUCAUUAGUAACCGUUGAGAGGAAAGAUGACCCCGAUUUUAGGGUAAUCAUCAUGUCGGCUACCUUGGAUGCUGAAAAGUUUUCCAAAUUUUUUGCUGACGCUCCGAUUCUAUUUGUCGAAGGUAAAAUGUACCCGGUGGAACGUUCUUAUGUUAAAGCUCCUGUGGAUGACAUUGUAGACACAGUUGUUAAAACUCUAGUUCACUUGAAUCAAGGGGAACAGAAAGGAGAUGUCUUGUGCUUUCUUCCAGGCCAGGAAGAGAUUGAUAAAGCUGAAGCCGUUUUAAACCAACUUGCACCUUUACUUCCUAAGGAAGCGCCGAGGAUAGUGCCAUUGCCCUUAUAUGCUGCUCUGCCUUCUGCAAAGCAAGCCAAAGUAUUUUUGCCAGUUAAAAACCACCAAAGAAAACUAAUCUUAGCCACCAAUAUUGCUGAAACAUCUGUUACCGUUCCGGGCAUUAAGUACGUGGUGGACUCAGGCUUAAGAAAGGUCAAGGUUUGGAGACAUCAGUUGGGUUUAUCCACGCUUCUGACCACUCCCAUUUCCAAAGCUUCAGCUACUCAACGAAGUGGAAGAGCAGGAAGAGAAUCUGAAGGAAAAUGCUUCCGAUUAUACACAGAGUCAGAUUACUUUAAAUUGAUUGAGCAGACGGAACCAGAGAUAGUAAGAUCAGACAUUAUAUCCCCUGUCUUGAUGUUAAAACGGUUACAAGUGGAUGACAUUUUGAACUGGCACUGGUUAGAGAAUCCAGGCCAAGAAGCUCUCAUAGCAGCACUGCAACAAUUAUACAGUCUUCAAGCUAUUGAUGAAGCUGGUAAAAUCACCGAUCUGGGGGAGAAGAUGACCGUUUUGCCUCUUGCUCCACACUUGUCAUCGGUCUUGAUUACCGGUCACGAGAAUGGAUGCCUGGAGCCAGUCAUUGAUAUCGUUUCUUGCCUCUCUGUUGACAAUCUUAUUUUGAACCCAGCCAGCGACAGAAGAGAUGAAGUUAAUGAAAGGAGAAGAGCUGUAUGUAACCUGGGUAACCGAUAUGGGGAUCUGAUGAUGAUGAAAGAGCUUUUUGAUAUGUAUUUGGAUAUGCCGGACUCUUCAGAGAGAAAGAGAUGGUGCAAAGAACUAGAUUUGUCCUUCAAAGGGUUCAAGAAUGUGCUCCGAGUCCGGGAGCAGCUUCGUCAGUAUAUGAAUAAUCUUUAUUCGAAGGAAGGUGCAUCAAUUCUUGCUCAAGAGUCGGAGGAGUAUGAUGAAGAGCUAGGUAUCACGACAAGCAACAAACCCAUGGACGUGGAUUCUAUACUGAAAUCUUUUUUGAAAGGGUUCAUCAACAAUACAGCGAUUGGAAUGCCGGAUCGAUCUUACAGGACAGUCACUACAGGUCAAUUGAUCGCCAUACACCCAUCCUCCAUGGUAUUUGGAAAGAAGCUUGAUGCAAUCAUGUACAUAGAAUACGUUUACACAACCAGAGGCUAUGCCAGAAAUGUCUCCAGCGUGCAAUUAGAGUGGCUUCAAGAAGUGGCACCCCAUCUUCUUGGAACUCGAACAUCCAUAAACUAA